AUGAUUAAGCCUUCCAAACCUGACUAUUUUGAAUACUUUGGCAGAAUUUAUGGAAUUCUACUGUAUAAAGAAUUUGUCCAGUACUGGGAUGACAUAAAAGCAUUUGAGGCAAGAGCAGAUGACCUUGUCAUUGCCACCUUUUCCAAAUCUGGUACAAUCUGACUUAGUGAAAUUGUAUACAUGAUCUAUAAAGAGGGUGACAUGGAAAAGUGCAAAGAAGAUGUCAUUUUUAAUCAAAUACCUUACCUGGAAUGCAGAAAAGAAGAGUUGAUGAAUGAAGUUAGACACUUAAAACACAUGGCAUCUCCUAGAAGAGUGAAGACUCAUCUGCCACCUGAACUUCUCCCAGCCUCAUUGUGGGAAAAAAACUUGCUUGGCAUUGUGAGGCAUGUGAAUGAACUAGACAAGGAUAAAGCAGGAGAUAUUAAAAUCUAUGGUCCAAAUUCUGAAGAUUCUAAUGUUUCUUAUUUGUUUACUUUUAUCAUAAAAGCCAUGCAUCCUGUUAAAAUUAUUCCAUACAGAAAGAAAUCAGAGGGGAGCGUUAAAUUGAUGCAGUUCCUAGGAAGGAAGCCAUCAGAGGAGUUUGUUGACAAGAUUAUACAACAUGCUUCAUUCCAGAUGAAGAACAAUCCAUCUACCAAUUAGACAGCACUGCCAGAUGAAAUCAUGAACCAAAAAGUAUCUCCUUUCUUCAGAAAGGGUGAGAUAGUCAGGGUUUGGAAGAAUCACUUUACAGUAGCCCUGAAUGAAAAAUCUGAUAUGCGCUAUGAGAAGCAAAUGAAGGGAUGUACACUAAAGUUAUGAACUGAGAUCUAA